GAGCUGCGCUGCUAUGAACAGAGCUCUACGGGAUGACUUUAGGACCCAGCAGAUCAGCAGCUUAGCCUCCAGCUCCCGACCUGCCGCGGCUCUGUGUUGUAACCACUGUUUCUAUCAGCGGCAGCGGCAGCAGCAGCUCUCCACACGUCCUCACGCUCACUCACUCAUGGACCUGCACUAGACUCCAGCAGCUCUCGUAAGGACAGCAUCACCCAGCGCAAUGGACGCAAGUGGCACCAAGUCAAUGGAGGUGCUGGUGAGUGAGCUGGGCGUGCUGCUGAAGAUGCUGGAUCAAGAGAACCUCAGCUCCACCACCCAGGAGAAGAAGAGCUCAGUGCGGAACCUGCUGCAGCAGAUAGAGCCAUCGGUGUCAGGAACAGACUUCAUCUACAUGAACUCAUCAGUGUACAGAAAUGGGACAAGCUUUGUAGAGUCACUCUUUGAGACAUUUGAUUGUGAGCUUGGAGACUUAAAGGAUGUUUCAGAUGAUCUGAAAGAAAAAAAGAACACAAAAACUGACACUUCAAAACAGCAGAACUCUGCAGCCCCACACUCAGCUGACUCGCCUCCCCCUCUGCCCACAACGCCUCCUCCAGAGGAGUACUAUGAGGAGGCGGUACCCCUUAGCCCUGGCAAGAUGCCUGAGUAUAUAAUAACAAGAGUGAGGACCAGCCCUCCCAACUCUAUAGAAGAUGGGUAUGAAGAUGCUGAGAACCACUACCCCCCCACCUGCGUAAAUUCACACCGCAAAAACUCCUACAAUGAUUCCGAUGCUCUGAGCAGCUCUUACGAGUCCUACGAGGAGGAUGAGGAGGAGAGGAGCCCGGGCGUCCGGCUUACUCAUCAGUGGCCCUCCGAUGAGAGCUCCAUGCCUCCUGCUAGGGACUGUCGCAUUUGUGCCUUCCUAUUGCGUAAGAAACGCUUUGGGCAGUGGGCCAAGCAACUCACUGUCAUACGGGACAACAGGCUACAAUGUUAUAAGAGUUCCAAGGAUACGUCCCCCUAUGUGGACCUGCUGCUGCCCCAAUGCACUGUAGUCUAUGUUCCCAAAGACAGCAAGAGAAAGCAUCAUGAGCUUCGGUUCACCUUACCCAAUGGAGAUGCACUGGUACUGGCAGUGCAGAGCAAAGAGCAGGCCCACACAUGGCUUACGGUUGUCAGAGAGGUGAGCGGUCAGAGCGCAGCGCCUGAGGAAUUGGCAUCUCCCGUCAUUCCCAGAAAAUGUGAACUUGACAAGAGGUUGUCUGCAGAAAGGAACACAUCAGAUUCAGACAGUGUGGGUGUGUCAGCUGGAGAGAACUGCAGAGAGAACGGUAAGGUGAAACGGGGCGCUUUAGCUGCAGGGCGUAAGAUCACACGUAUCAUCAGCUUCUCAAAGAAGAAGCCCCCUCGGCCAGGUGACCCCCGAACUACCUACAGCGACCCUCGGCAAGGCCACUUAUCAGUGCUGGUGAACCAGGUGUGGCGGGAACAGUGGUGUUGUGUGUGCAGAGGCUCCCUGCACUUCUACCAUGACAAAGGAGAUCCGCGGAUGUCCCUCCCUUCCCUUCCUCUCCAUGGCUGUGAGGUGGUUCCAGGACUUGGACCCAAACACCCCUUUGCCUUCCGUGUCUUACGGGACAGCACAGAAGUGGCUGCACUGGAGGCAAGCAGCUCUGAGGAGCUCGGACGGUGGCUCGGUGUCCUCUUGGCAGAAAUGGGCUCCGCAACAGACCCAGAAUCGCUGCAUUACGACUACGUUGACGUGGAAACCAUCGCUAACAUUCGUGAUGCUGCGCGACAUUCCUUCCUGUGGGCUACCUCCUCCAGCAGCACCUCCACAGAUUCUAGAACAUACGAUGAGGUACCUAAUGAGGAUAUGCAGUCAGGAGAGAACCGCAGGCAGCAGUCUGGGAAUAUAGGAAAAUGGCGCUCAGGUUUCUCAAGCAGCGACUCUGACAGAACCAAACCAUUAGUCUCCCUGAAGCAAACAGGCUCACAUACCAACCAGUAUGGAAGGUAUGGGAAAACGCGAGCAGAAGAAGAUGCAAAACGUUACCUCAGAGAAAAAGAGGAGCUGGAGAAAGAGAGAGAUGGCAUACGUAAUGCACUAGUGACCCUCCGACAGCAGAAGAGAGAGCUGAAAGAAGAGCUGAAGACAGCUGCUGCAGAUAAGAGGAAGUCUUUCCUGAACAAGCGCGUGUCUCAGUUGGAGGAGGCCUGUCGGGCAAAAGAGGCAGAGAGGGUGGACCUGGAGCUUCGCCUGACUCAGGUCAAAGAAAGCCUGAAUAAAAGUCUGGCAGGUGGAGCACUGGGUGCGCCAGCGGAGGCUAAACCUCCUGUUAAGGUCUCCAGCAAGAAGAUCCAGAACAUCUACAGUGAUUCUUUACCAGUAAAUUGUGCCGCAGAGCUGCGUAGGAGGCCUCCGUCUGUUUAUGCUUCCUCUACUGGAACUGUCAUGCAGAAAGCAAAGGAAUGGGAGUCAAAGAAAGGACCCUAAGAGGAGUGUCCUGAAAGGACCGGGGAAUUAACACAUGUCUUGAUGGGACUUUGGACAUCUUGCGUCCCUCUAACAUCUCCCAUCUAUAAAUGAAAGUCCAGACUUGUUUCACUUUGGAUUAUUGAGGAACUACAUAACCAGUAAUGAAAGAAAUCAGCCACUAGGUGGUGGUGUACGUUACUAAAUGUUUCCAAGGACUGCUCACAGUCUGUAUCCAGGCAUUUUCGCUGUCUGGACAGAAACAGUUUAAAAUUUGGAAAAGAAAAAAAAAUAGCAAGAAAGGUAAGUUCGAGAGAGAGGGGGAGAGAGAAACACAACAAAAGUGUAUUGAAAGCACAAUGAAUGCACAAAAUGUAGUAUGGAAAAGCAACAGAAAUGUUUAACUGUUGAGCGUUGUGUGUGGAAAAAGACGACCAAAGCAAUGUGAUGUAUCGGAAACUUUGAGAAUGAAAGCUAGUUUAAGCCACGAUGUGCCUUUUAGAUGACAUAAUCUUUUUGUUUUGCUUGUACAUAAUGAGCUCUGACUACUGUUUUGUAUGUUUUUCUACUUAAAUACUGUACAUCCUUUCAUUUCUCAUUGUAAGUGUGCCAAAGUUUUAGGCAUUUGAGGUCAGGAAGAAACAGCAAUCCAAUCCCAGUUUUCCAAGGUAAUUGGCAGGUAUGUUUGCAGCAGUUCCUCUGGGGGUUCAGGCUGUCUACGAUGCUUCAAGUAAUCACAUUCAGAUGAUACCAUCUGUUGCAGCAGUCUCUCUGUUUCUUGAUGUUUUUUUUUAUUUUAAUGACUCUGGCAGGGGCUGAUCUCCCUGGUGUUACCGCUCUAAGCUUUUUUUUUUUUUUUAAGUGCCUGAAACUUUUGUGCAUUUUUCUACCUGAAGUUAGAAUUCAACAAUGUGCCACUGAGGUUCACGAGUGUGCACACUAGCUCCUCCUCUAAGGUCGAAGCUGUGCUGCUAAAUUAAAAACCAUACGUCAUCCUCUUCACUCUCUUUGGCCCAUGUUCAAAUACAGGUAAAUACUCACAUUAGAGACAAUUGAGUUACUAACAAAGUGGUGCUAUUUCAGUGAUAGAAAUCAAUCUUUUCCAAGUGAUGAAAUCAUCAUAUGUCAUUUUAACACCUUCUUCACUGAAACUGUGGUCGUCUUUUGCACUUUACUGUUCUCGUGCCUGGAUAAGGGAAUAAUAAAUUU